AUGUCCAAUGCCUACAGGGGAUUCGUUGUGCAGCCACAUGAAAAGAGAUACCUGCACUACCGGGACGUGGGCAUGAUUUUUGCUCGCCCGCCUGGUGGGCGGUUUAUGCAGCCCAGUAUUGACACGAUCUUGGUCUGCCGGGCCUUGGUAGAUUGCUUAGGAGAUAUGCCACAGGUUGGGCGAGUCAUUGACGUCGGAAGCGGAUCUGGGCUGAUAGGAAAGUUUGCUGCACAUCAUGCACAGGGAGAUGGCGACUUAGAGGUCACACUCAUAGAUAUUGACCCCGUCGCUACCAAAUACUACCAGGGCAGCACCUUCAAUGCACAGAGCGUGGUGGGUGUUGCUGGCCGGUCCAUCGACUGGAAGUUCCGUGCGGAAGAUGCAGUGGCCUUUCUGAACAAUGAUGCAGCCUUUGACCUUGUGGUAUCGAACCCACCCUACAUCCCAACCAAAGGCCGGAAUAGGGUUUAG